AUGAAGUGGUUCGUAGUAGCAGUGACUGUGAUGGUGACGAAAACUAUCUUAGCUGGGAUUGCACCUCCUGGAUCAUGUCCAGCUGUUUGUGGGUGCAAAUGGAAAGGCGGAAAACAGACCGUUGAAUGUGUAGAUCGCGCUCUAAUAACUAUACCGGAGCCCGUCGAUCCUGCUACGCAAGUACUUGACCUUUCAGGGAAUAACUUACAGAUUCUUCCUCAAGAAGCUUUUGCAAAAACGGGCCUCGUUAACCUUCAGCGAGUGUAUCUCCGAAACUGUAAUAUAGGCCAAAUAAAUGACCGAGCAUUUAAAGGUCUUACUAAUUUAGUGGAGUUGGAUCUCUCUUAUAAUUUACUUACUCAGAUACCUUCAAAUAGCUUCAAGGAUGCGCCGUUUCUUAGAGAUCUUAUGCUUUCUAAUAACCCUAUAUUGAAGAUACAUUCGGAAUCUCUUCAUAACUUGGGAAGCAUCGUCAAGCUGGAUUUGUCUAGAUGCGAUAUUAGAGAUAUAGCGGCAGAUGCAUUUAAAAACUUACAUUCAUUAGAAUCGUUAAAGCUGAAUGGUAAUAGUUUGCGUGACUUACCUUUAACCUCAUUAGAAAAGCUAGAAAAACUACGAGUUAUUGAUUUAUCUGAAAAUCCUUGGACAUGUACUUGCCGGCUACGUGAUUUAAAAAUGUGGCUUUCAAAACAUAAGCUAUUCUCAUCUCCCAGUUGCUCGUCACCGAGUCGUCUUGCAAAUAAGCCGUUUUCGGAAUUAUCUCUCGAGGAAUUUGCUUGUAAACCAGAAAUAUUACCCAUUAAUAGAUAUGUGGAAGCUACUGUAGGUGAAAAUGCUACAAUUGUUUGUAGAACAGAAGCUAUACCAAGUCCUAAUAUAAAUUGGUACUGGAAUGGACGCCUUUUACAAAAUGGAAGUAGUUUCAAUUCACAUCAAAGAAUCUUUAUUUAUGAAGCUGGUGAUCGGAAAAAAAGAUCCACUCUCGUUAUAACGAAUACACAAGACACAGAUUUUUCUGAAUUUUAUUGUGUUGCCGAGAACAAAGCAGGGAAUGCUGAAGCUAACUUCACAAUACAUGUCACUCAAAUGACUGCUGGAAUGGCGUCUUUAGGAAGCGCCCAAAUUGCGAGCCUGGGAGCUGCAUUGUUCUUAGUUAUAAUUGUGAUUUCAUUAGGACUGCUUAUUACUUUCGUGCGAUUCCGACCGACUCCGGCUUGUGAAAGUAAAACGCCAAAUACUUUAGACCGAGUCGUAUCUGGCAAUGAAGUUCAUCCUACCGUAACAGACAGGCCCCAUGUAGCUGUGUUGGCUAACAGACAAGAAUCUCCAAAUUAUGACGAAACUAAAUGCAACCCAGUAAUAAAGCCUCCGAGGACUAAUGAUAUACCUUAUACAACUAAUCAUUAUGAAGGUCGGGGUAGUUUAGUCCAGGCAAUGGGACCGCCGGUCGUAUCUCCGACAGUCUCCGGAGGUAUCGAUCCCGACCUCAUUAACGAUACGAGACCCGAUAGCGUCAAUCGACCAGGUAGCGGAGAAUAUGCACGUGAAGCUUCCGAUUCAUUAUAUCCAUCCGGUCUGUGGGAUCAAAUAAAAAUGAAUCAGGCUAACAACUUGGCACGGGCGAUCAGUUCCGCGAUACCAGCGUAUUAUAACGAUCGCACACCGAUCAUUGAAAACAGUAGUGUUAACGGUUCACAAGAAGAGCUCGGAUAUAUGAGUCGCACGUUCCCACGAUCUCAUGCAAUGGCGGCGGCUAGUACAGCACCAGGAGACGCUCCUUAUCCUACUGAUUAUGGAUUGCCAGUUGGUGGUGCGCGUACACUACGUGUGUGGCAGCGUGCUCCGCCCGUGCUGCCUCCUGUCUCGGCUUUGAAACGUGUGCUUACUAUCACGAGGCCAUCCGAAGAUGGUUUCCAGGAUGGCUGUGCUACAGAUGUUUAA